UUUGCAUCUUUCUUGUGCCGUGUACUGUGUAGUGAUUUGUUUAAAUGAGGCUGUGAGAGUGUUGUGAGAGCGAGUUGAAAUUAAUUCAUUAUUUAGAGAGUAAGGCAAUAUUCGAUAAAUAAUACAACGAUGCCUUUGCCACAAAAGUUGGCCCUUCGCCUAGCAAAAAGAGGCCUGUUAUCCACAAAUGACGUUGUAGCUAACAAAACAGCUACAGUACCUGCUGUUGAAGAAGUCAUUGCUGAAGACUAUGAUGGGAAUAAGAAUACAACAAAGGAAAAAUUUGGAGAUGACUUUCUGAGUGAUGUCGAUCUCAAAAUUAUGGGUCACCCAGGUUGUCCAAAUAAAUACAACAUUUACCAUGAGUGUUCUGUAUUUUGUCAAAAGCACUGGGGAGACGGAAUUACAGAACCAGACUCCAAGUAUCUAGCAAAAAAGAGAAAACUGCUGCGUAAACAUCCUCUGCCACAAAACUGGAUAGAACUCUAUGAUCCUGGAACAGGACGACAUUACUACUGGGAGAGUGAAAAUGAUUUGGUGUCAUGGUUGCCUCCGAGUCAUCCGCGUGCUGUUGUUUCGGAAUCAGCAGCUCACAUGCGUGAAGAAAUGAGGCUAGCUGAAGGGGAUGAUGAAGAAGAAGAUGAGGCAAAAGAUAGUGAAAAUGAUGAAGAUGCAGAAAUGAGUGAUGAAGAGGACAGGCCAGAGACACAUAAAGAAGAACUGCAUAGAAAGAAAGACAGAAGGGAUCGGAAUCACGGUCGUAUGAAAGCAGUACCAAAUGACCUAGAUCCAAUGGACCCUGCAUCAUACUCAGAAACACCAAGAGGAACAUGGGCAACUGGCUUGUGGAAAAAGAAUGAAGCAAAAACUGGUGCUGAUACAACAGCUGCAGGGCCUCUUUAUCAGAUGAGGCCUUAUCCUAGUCCAGGGUCAGUGCUUCGUGCUAAUGCUAUGUCAAAGGCAACAGACAAAUCAAGAACUGUCUCCCAACCUGAAUUACCAUCAAAGUAAAAUUAUAAUCUGUGCAUUGACAUAAUGUAAUAAUAUAAUUUAGACUUUUUCUUAUUGUAAAAUAUUCUGAUAUUAUUUGAAUACAACAGAAAUUCAGAUUGUUAGUGCUAAAA